AUGACGCAGAUCGUGCUCCUGCAUUUCCGACACAACAACCCGCACUCCCCCCUCCAGGAGCGGUCUGAGCCUCCACGGUCCUCCCUGCUCCACGCCCGGGCUUCGGCUCUGAGUCUCGCCAUGGCAGAUGGAGAGAAGUCCCCGCUCCUGUCUGACCUCGGGGAUGGAGCUCUCGGAGGAGGUAGCGAGGGAAGCGGCCUCAACAAACCCCAGAUGAGGGAGCAUCUGUCGGUCAGCACCAACCAAUCACAGCGCGCAGGAGGCGGGACAUAG